AUGGCGGCAGCAACAUCCACGGGCGGCGGCAACAUGAGAAUCUUGCUGCUCAACCCCAACUCAUCCAUCACCAUGACCCAGUCCAUGGCCCUCGCAGCUCAAGAAACUCCCGUUUCGCAGACCAUCAAAAUCGACACUUACACGGCCCCAGCCCAGGCACCCGCCAGCAUCAAUGACGAUGUAGACAUCAAGGCCAGUACCACCAUCAUCCUGGACGGCAUGGGCGGACUCAACCUCGACAAGUAUGACGCCGUGCUUGUCGCGUGCUUCAGUGUCCACAGCCUAGUGGCCCAAUUGUCGGUCCGCCACCCUCGCCUGGCCGUCACGGGCAUAUUCGAGGCGAGCAUCCUAUCUGCCCUGUCCCUUGUUUCGAGCGACUCCACCGGAGAGCAGUGGGGCAUCCUCACGACGGGCGACUUCUGGGAGAAGCACCUCGCAGACGGUGUUAGUGAGUUUCUCGGCCGCGACGGCAACGCACAAGAUCGCAAGUUCUGCGGCGUCUACUCCACCGGCCUCACCGCCGGCGACUUUCACACCGUUUCACCAGACGAAAUUCGAGCUAAGCUCAGAGCGGCCACGACGCAGCUGGUCCGCGCAGGCAACGUGGCGUGCGUCGUCAUGGGCUGCGGCGGCAUGGCUGGCCUGGAGGACAUUAUCCGCUCUGCCGCGCGAGACGUCUACGGCCACGAGCGAGCGGACAAGCUUUACGUUGUUGACGGCGUCAAAGCCGGCAUUCUACAGUUGCAUCAGACCAUCAACAGCAGAUACACAUUCCGUUGA